CAGCCACACGCUGUAGCGCCAGCUCCCGCCUGACUGUCUGCGUAAAGCUUGGCGAAUCUCAAGUGGACCGUGAAGGAACUGGUUCAGUAAAACUUGUCAGAGUGAUUCGGAUGGACCUGGAGCAGCUGAGUGAAAGGGAGCAACGAGGGGUUGACCUGAGCUCUGCUGUUUGUUGAUCUGGGAGGGCAUGUCUGGGAGGGAGCAGGGAGCCACUCCAGAGAAGGUGAUAACAUGUUCUCCCAAACAGAGGAUCUGUUAUUUGUACAUCGUCCUCCCUCCCCCACAGCCACUUCUUCUUGUGCCCACUACAAUGGAGAGAGAAUGAGAAGAGGUGCUCCAAGCAGAAUGGAGACGUGCACAAAGAACAAUAACACCACACUCAGAAGAGGUGAGAGUGCGAUGAGGAGAGGAGCCAGAGAGUGAGGCGAUGGGCUGCACCUCUGCUAAGCAGGUGUCGGCCGUGCCCAGCGACGAGGAGGGCCGGGGCAAGGCCUACAGCAACGGAGACCUCUUCACCGACGAGUACAAGAUGAAAGGGGUGGAGGAGGUGAAGUACAUGCGUGGAGAGGAGGACCGGGUGAACGCACGCAACCAGGAGAACCUGGAGAAGACCUCUUUACAGUACAGGGGGAAACCGCACAAAGAAGGCUCUGGAGCCAACGCCAACAGGACAAAUAUCCACACAUCAGAGAGCCAGCAGGAGUUCUUCAGGAUGUUGGAUGAGAAGAUUGAGAAGGGACAGGACUACUGUUCAGAGGAAGAAGAGGCAGAGGAUGGGACAUAGCAAACUAGGCCUGACUCAACCCCCAACAGAGAGCCUCCCAGAGUGUGUGCGAGUGCAUGUUCGUCUGAAUCAGUGUGUGUAUGUAUGUUCCACUGCCUUUGUAUGUGAUUCUGUAUGUGUCUGUGUGAGCAUGUAGGUUUUUUGUGUGUGAAAGCGAGAUGGAUAGCUAUUCUCAAAGACUUUUGCCCCCCUCUUGGCUGUCGUCCCAUUGGGCCCCUGAGUGGAUUACUGGAGGGAGAGACGACGAGGAGACAUACAGACAGACAUGUGGACUCACUGCCCUGCAGGACUAUGGAGAGACAGUCAUGCAAACGGACAUGUGGACUCACUGCCCUGCAGGACUAUGGAGGGACCCUCCCCCCCCAACUACCACCCCAGUGAACUGUACUGUGGUCCCUGGUCCAGCUUUGUAUAUCCCACCCCAUGACUACAACAUGGAGAAGGAGGACGAACAGAGGAAGAAUGAGCAUUAUGGGAGUCUGGGAGACACCCUCCUGGUUUCCACCCUCCAUGGCCCUGACUAUUGUGCUUUGCUUGUGAAGAGCAGAGAUGUGGAUAGAGAAAGAGAGGUGCUGGGGAGGGGGAAGCACUUCCAUAACCCCCAUCAGACAACGGAGGCUCGCUGCUGCAGUGGGCCAGAGGACCUGCGAGAGGGUAGGGGGAUGGGAGGGGUGUUAAAUAAAAACCUAGAUAUUUUAAUAAGA